CUCUCUCUCUCUCUCUCUCUCUCUCUCUCUCUUCUUUCUCUUUAUAUAGAGACAUCUUUCAAUCUUUCAGGUCGGACAAAACAUCACAAGAGAAACCAAGUUUUCGGACAAAUUAACGAGUCGCCGCAUAUAUAUAUAUAUAUAUAUAUAUAUAUAUAGCGAUUUGUGGUCCAAGAAGAUAUUUUCCUUGCGCGUCUUCGAUCGCCUUCAUCUCUUGAAGAGAUAUCAAUAAUCACCGGUACAAAUUAACCAUCAACAUGAAAUUCUCUCUCUCUUCUCUCAAGCAAGUUCAACCAAUCUUGAGCUUCAAGCGCAAACUUGGCGUCGACAUACAAUUUCUCCGACCCAAAGACAAAGUCGUUUUCGUCAUGGGAGCCACCGGAACCGGAAAAUCCCGCCUCGCCAUCGACCUCGCCACUCGUUUUCCGGCGGAGAUCAUAAAUUCCGACAAGAUUCAAGUCCACAAAGGCCUUGACGUCGUCACAAACAAAGUCACUCCUCAAGAAUGUCGUGGAAUACCUCACCACUUGUUGGGAAUAAUAGACCCUAACGCCAACUUCACGUCCACCGAUUUCAGCUGCCUUGCGUCUCAAGUCAUCGCUUCCAUAACCGCCAAAGACAGGCUCCCUAUAGUGGCCGGGGGAGCUAACUCGUACAUAGAAUCGCUCGUGACUCGGUCGGCCGAGUUCUUGCUAAACUACCAAUGCUGCUUCAUCUGGGUCGAUGUUUCUUUGCCAGUACUCAACUCGUUCGUAUCGAAACGCGUUGAUAAGAUGGUGGAGACAGGACUGGUCGAUGAAGUUAGAGAAAUGUUCGACCCAAAAGCGGAUUAUUCUGUCGGGAUACGUCGUGCCAUUGGAGUACCCGAGCUUCACGAAUACUUUGUUUCAGAAUCUCUAAUAGAUCGUGGAACACAGAGGAAGAUGCUUGCCCUAGCUGUCAAUAACAUCAAACAGAACACAGAGAUCUUAGCUUGUCGGCAACUUCAGAAGAUUCACAGGCUGUACAAUAAGCGGAACUGGUGCAUGCAUCGUAUUGAUGCAACCGAAGUGUUCCUGAGACACGGGGAUGAAGCAGAGGAAGCUUGGGAGAAUCUUGUGGCAAGACCAAGUACGAGGAUCGUAAACGAGUUUCUGCUGUCGGAGGAGGAUACUUUGACCUCCGUGGCGUUUCCGGAAAGUACACUUGCGGCGGCGUAUAUUGGGGAGAGUAGGGUCCACAAUAUGAUAUAGAUCAUUUGUGAUAAGAAGGGGUUAAUUAAUUAUUACUAUUAUUUACAUACGUUUUGAUAUUUCGGUGUGAGAAUUACGAAUAUGUUUUUGGUUCGUGUGACGGGUGAUCGCCUGAGGUUUUGCAACGUACAGAUGUGACAUAUAAUAUAUAGUGCGGACGGAAAGAAAAAACCUUUUUCGUAUAUGUAUUCACUUGUAU